AUGGCAAAAAAGAUGGAAAUUGAAAUGACAUCGAUGAAAUUAAGCGAAUCCUAUGAAGUCAGUUUCACGCGGAAGCCUUCAAGACCAAACAACGACAGGCUCGAACUGUUUAAAAUUCGGGCCUGGGCCGACGAUGCUGACACAAACUAUGUGGAGACCCAAUGGAUCGAUCCCCAUCCCUUGUUUGACCAAACAAUCAAAUUCCACAAUUUAACUUCGCCGUCUACGCUUCGGGUGCGUCUCGAGAAGAAGGAUAAUCCGGCGGCGACAAAGAUGUUCGGUAUGGGGAGCGUCAGCCUCGAUCAGCUUGUUGGCAAUGGUUCAGUCCACUUCCCAUCCAAGGCGGAUAAAGAGAUCGAGCAGGAAAUGACGAUAUUGGACGGAGAGGAGCAGAACACAGACUUCACUUUCAAAGUACUAAUCAAGCAAUUUAAGGCAGAGGAGCGCAAACGCUUCGAAGCUUUGAAGCCCCACGAAUCCAGUCCAUCUCCGCCGAUCAUUCAGACGACGCCACCAGUUUCGUCGAAUUCAACACCACUAAUUAAACCUCUGAAUUGCAGCAAAUCCGCUUUGAUUUUUAUGAUUAAUACGAAUCAAUACUCAUUGUAUCGCACACCAACUGUGCGAUACAAUGCAUAUGAGAGUACAAAAGCUAACCAUAUAUGGGAACCUGGUGGAUUGUUGUGUCGGGUGUUCAAAACAGAUGGUUGCGGACAGAUUAUGGAAGAACAAGCAUUAAGCAUGACAUCUAUUAGCUAA